AUGUCCAAAUAUAAUCCAUUUGAGUUUCAAAAUAGCAUAGGAUUUAGUAAUAGAGCAUUAGAACUGAUAGUAGGUUCAUACUCGAAUCUGAAGUAUCUCAAUCUGUGUGUUAAUCAAUCGGGUAAUUAUAUGAGCUCUCGUGUUCGAGAAGUAGAUGACGGGGGUCUAUGGAGAAUCGCGAAGUCAUGCCAUAAAUUAGAAUAUUUAAAUCUUGCCUACUGCACAGAGAUUACUGAACAUUCAAUUUACAGUAUUAUUCGUUCUUGCCUAAGGCUCCAGCAUCUCGACCUCAGCUUUUGUCGAAUUACCGAUAUAACUAUCAAAGAAAUUGCUAGUUCGUGUCUUAAUUUAAAGUAUCUCGAUUUGAAAGGGUGUAAUAAUAUUAGUAAAGAAGCUGUAGAUAAGCUAAAUUCAAAUAUCCACGAUAGCUCUUCUGAUACUGCUUAUGCAUCAGAAACGGUUAACAAUGAUGAACCGUCUCAUGAAAUAGAAGUGGUUGCAGAGCAAUCGGUCAUUGCAGAUAUCCCUCAGGAAGAAAUCUUCACAGUGGAAUCGAAAGUGUCGCACGAUAUAAAACCUGUUAACAUGAUUUCUGAAAAUUCUGAAUUAUCACGUGAUAAAAAACCCGUUAACAUUGUUAACAGGUUUUCCGAAAAUUCAAAAUUGUCACAUGAGAGAGAAACUAUUACCAAUACUUCGCUCACCUCCUGUCCAGAGAUAACCGAAUUCGUACAAGGUUUGUUGAAAGAACUACUCUCAUCUGACGAUAAACUCCAGACUAUAAAGUUUUCUCCUCCCAGACCUCCAGUUCUCGGAUCAAUAAGCAUCAAAAAACUUGCCAAUUCAUUCUGCCAGGCAAAUGUUGCAAGAAAUAAAACGAUUAUAGCAAAGCGAUCAGAGAUUACAUUAUGGUGUUUAUUCUCCAAAAAGUUCGAAGAUAAAGUCGUGGAGCUUAGGUCUAAUGAUAAGAAACUUACAGAUCAGACUGCAAGAAAGCAGAUCUAUAAUGAAAUGAAACCAUACCUUACGGGUGUUUCUGAUGGAUAUUUACGCGUAAUGACCUGUAAAGCAAGAAAAAUCAAUAAGCUAUUUGGCUAUGAAUACGACCCUAAAACUCUGAAAAGGAUUGAUGGAAUACCAGGUUCUGUGAAUGAAAUCUCCGAGCCCGUGGUUAAUGCUUCAGCUAAUGACCCUGCAGAUGAUAAUUUCAGCGAUGCAUCUGAGGAUGAUUUCGAAAAGACGAUCAGGGAAGCUUUUGAGGAGCAUGAUGCUACGAUAGAGAAAGAAAGGCAGAACAAAACGUCAUCAAAUGUAGUAACUCCAGCUAAGGGGUUGCGUAGCAAUCGGGCAAAUGACUACGAUGAUGUGUAUUUUAAUGAGGAGGCGAAUGAAUUACUCAUUCCUAAAAAGCCACAAAUGUCUAUCAUCGAAAUGAAAAAGUUUGAAGGUUGGGAGAUGGCCUUGGAUCCCGACACCUUCAGUCUCCUUUCUAUUUUGAAUUUCCGUAAAACAAAAUUAGACUUCACUUGUAAUAAGCGAGUCGAGCACUCAAUGAUAUUUAAAUUUGUGAUUUGGAUCGCAGAGGGUACAACGGACAAAAAGUGGAAAAAGGCUACCUCCGUUCUCAACGAAAGACUACAAGCACAAGGGGAAGAUGUAAAAUCGUUUUGGAGGAGUGUUGAAACCGAAAAAAUCGAGGCAGAAAAAAGGUUAUUAGAGAUGAAAGUGGAGUUAGCUGAGACUCAGUUUUCGGUCGAUCGUACUUUAACGGGGAACGAGGCUCAUCGAAUCUUUGACCGGAAAAAAUUAAAUUAUGCCUUAAACUCAAAUAUUACUGAGAAAAGUAUCGGAAAACGUUUAGCAGAUGAUGAUGGUACGGAAGAUGCCCGUUCAUACAAGUAUCAACGUGGACAAGGGUAUAAAGAGCCGAGUACACCGGAAGAUAAUAUCUCAGCUCACGAUGAUAAAAGUGACAAUGAGAGUAUUAUGAGCGAUUCGCCAAUUCACAACGAAUUUGCAAGGGAGAUGAAGAUGGCUGAUGAAGCCAAUGAAUAUUACUCUGAUCCGGAAUCUACGGAAUCUACGGAAUCUGUUAAUGAUGACGAUGAUGACUACGUUUAUAGUUCGGAAUCUUCGUCCUGUGAUGUUGUAGAGAAGACAAAGAUAGAGUUCACUGAAUUCGAAAAGACAUACUUAAAAAUGAAUGACUCGGACAAAUGGAAACUUUCUACUGGAAAGAUAGUAGAAGAUGCUCUAUACAAUUUUGGUAUUAAAUGCAGGCACGAACACCUAUGUCAUUCAUUUGUGAUAGAUCCAAAUGAUAACAUCUAUAUCAAUGAAGAAGUUUUUACUGAGGCUGAACUUGAUGAAAUCCGAAAAUAUAAACUUAUACCAAUGCCACAGAUGCCCCAAGACUUAUUAACGUACCUUAACAGUUUUCGAGUGUCCGACAUCUCAAGCCUUAGAGAUGCUAUAUUUAAAUCUCAGCAAUGGGAUUCUCCAUACAAUCGACAAACACAUUUUGAUUAUGAUUGGAUCCGAAAUACCGCGUACAACUUGUUACAUGAAUAUGAAGCGGGGAGUUUAGAGAAGGAUCAUCUUGAAUUGUGGCUCUUGGUUCAUGUUUGGAAUUUUGUAGACAGAGGAUUUGGGAAUAUCGAUGGAUUGGAGACCGCAAGGUCAGAGUCAUCUAGCCGGGCAUCCUCGAAUAGGAAAAAUCGUAAUCGAACCGGAUCUGCAAUUGUCAAAAUGAAGAGAAAGAUUAUGGGAAGACGUGGAGAUCUUAUCAUUCGAAAGGUUUCUACUGAGUACGGAUGUUCAGAGGCUGGCAAAUCUUUCGAAGCCGUUGGAAAUGAAGAGGAAAAGAUAAGGAAACUACAAUCUAUCGGGUUUAUACACUCAGGUCUGAUGAUAUUAUUACUCAGAAUAGAUUCCCCUGUUGGCUAUACAUGCCGAAUAACUCGAACAAAAAUGUUGGAAGUCCCCUCACAAAUAGCACAAUUUGGUUCAAAAGUACUUCCUGUAAUUAUGUUAGCGUGGAAGGCAAAGAUGAUUGUUAAGGAAACAAUCGAAUUUGUUGAGCAAAAACAAUAUUCAAAGAAUGAAGAAGAUACAGACGAUCAACUUCAAAAUUUACAGAACAGUUGUGAAUUUUCCCCUCCACGGAAAAAAAUAAAUCAAGUGGUUGCUUUUGAUUCCCCGAGUUCAAAGAGCAAGACUAAAAAAGGGAUAACUCUGAACUCUAAUAACAAGCCUGAACGAAAUUCUAAGAAAUAG